AUGGGCGCUAGGCAAAUCCAGAUAUUUAGCGACUCUCAGCUCGUUGUUCAUCAAGUCAAUCAGGACUUCACUGCCAAGGACAUCUCUAUGAUGGCAUAUCUUCAGCAUACUCGUUACCUGCUUGCAACUUUUGAUGCUUAUCUCAUAAGCCAGGUGCCAGGCUCUGAGAACAAUCAUGCUGAUGCUUUGGCCAGGCUAGCCUCAGCCAUAGAGUAA